AAAGUUGUGAAGUGGACUGUAGCGGUCGUGACAAUCGCUAAUAUUUUUCUAACCUAUAUUGAUAUUUGCAAAAAUCAAAAAAUAGUAAACGAUGAAAAACUCAACAAAUAGUCCACCAGUAAUUACUGAAAAUAAUGAUUCAAUUCAUGGAAAUGGAAAGAUUUUGGAUCAACCAGAUCCUCAUGCAAGAGAAAAACUUAAAUCAUGGCUAAAUCAUUUUUUACGUAUCAAAAUGACUGACGGCCGAGUGUUAACAGGACUUUUCUUAUGUACUGAUCGAGAUGCUAACGUGAUUCUUGGUUCUUGUGAUGAAUAUUUAUCGGAAGAUCACUCAGAACCAAGAGGCCUUGGUUUAGUAAUGGUGCCAGGACGUCAUAUUGUUUCUAUUCACCUUGAUGAUUGGUUUCGUGACGAAGAAAUAGCAAGAAAAAAAAGAUGUUCUAAUAGUGAAUAAAUAUCAUGAAGUGGCUUAACUAUAUCAUUAACAAAACAUUUAUUUCCAUUGGUAAAAUUAUUCUGGUACAUUGUCGAUAUCGUCGAUCCUGUAAAUUUUUUAUGUAGACAACAAUUCAUGUAUAAUUAUUUAAUUUUAAAAAUAAUUUUAAUGUAACAAAUAGUUUAAUUAAUACUUAAUUUACGUUUAUGAUAGUUACCUUACUUUUGCACAUUUUUCUUGGAGAUAAGAAUACUCUUUUUCUAACUUCGUGUUGCUUUUAAGUUCUUGUUCUUUAUAUUUUAAUGCAUUGUCCAUUCUCUCACAUAAGGACAUAGCUAAAUUAUCCAUUCCCGCUGAUUGGCUUACUAUUGAUACUGCUUCUACCAUUCUUUGUACAUAAUCCAUAAAACCGAGUAGCUCCUUAAAAAUAAAUAGAGUAAUUAAAUAAA